UUCAUAACAAAGGCCGUGUUCAUGAUCUCUCCACGUUCAGUGAACACAUUAGUUUAGUACAAAUGCAAUUAGCGUGUGAUAUACCGCAGAACUAUACAACGUUGAGGAAGCUAGUAUAUAUAAUAGUAAGAAGGAUAUUUUGUGGACAGUAUGUUAUGAUCUCAUUUUAAGGCAAGGGGAGCAAUGGAUGUCGAUGAGAUCGUCUCUAGUUUCGAAUACAAUGAUAUUUCAUUUGUAAGGUUUGAGCAAACGGACCUGUAUGGCGUCGCUAGGUCCAAGACGAUUCCUGCCCAACACUUCAAGAAUAAAGCUGUGAAUGGACUCAACUUCUACCUUGGUCACCUCGGCUAUGAUCCUAAAGCUGGAUUUGUAGAGGACAGUGCCUAUACUGCAGCGGCAGGGCAAUGUGAUGCCGUCUGUUUCCCAGACCUUGAAACUUACCAAAAACUGCCAUGGAGCAAGAGAACUGCUCGGAUUCUGAUCGAGCCAACGUACAAGGGAAAGUUGGUUGAAGCCCAUCCGAGGGUGGUGGCAAGGAGGCAACUGGAGAAGCUGAAGGAGAUGGGAUAUUCGCUUCUCUCAGCUCACGAGCACGAGUUCUAUCUGGUGGAGAAGGAAUCUCAGAAACCCAUCGAUGAUGUUGUCAACAUCCGGUCUACGAUUCGGCUGGCUGCUUGUGAAGAUAUAGUAUACACCUUUUUGGAUGGAUUGAUGGGUGCUGGUGUUGAUAUGGAAUGUGCAGAGACCGAGUACGGCCCUGGGCAAAUUGAGAUCUCGUACAGACCAGCGUUUGGGAUUCGAGCAGCGGACAACGCUCAUACUUACAAGACAGGAAUUAAGGAGAUGGCUCUCAAGAAUGGCUACAUGGCAACCUUCAUGUCCAAACCAUUCCCUAGCAGGAGCGGAUCAGCUUGUCAUUUCUGUCAUUCCCUGUGGGACAUCCCAGGUGAGACACCUCUACUCUACGAUGCCGACCGUCCUACAGGGCUUACACCCGUUGGUGAACAUUGGAUUGCUGGUCUCCUCGAGCACACUCCUGCAAUCUCUUUGCUUAUGGCACCAACUAUCAACUGCCUGAAGCGAUAUCUUCCAAACUCCUUUGCACCAUCCAAUGCAACGUGGGGCAUAGACAAUCGCACGUGCGCUAUACGAGUAAAACUGAAUGGUAAAGAAGGUACCUAUAUCGAGAAUCGAUUAGGGGCCAGUGGUUGCAAUCCUUAUAUCGCCUUAGCUGCUACCGUUGCUGCAGGAAUGGAUGGUAUCAACAGGAAGCUUCCAUUGCUACCCUGUGUGAAAGAAACCGGAAAUGCCUACAACCUUGAGGACAUCCCACCUGAUACUGCGAACGUUCCAACCGAUAUGGAAGAAGCCAUGAGAACUCUCCAAGCAGACGAUGUCAUUACUUCGGCUCUUGGGAAAGAGUUCAUAGAAUGCUUCCUUGCUGCAAAGAGACAUGAAAUUCUUCUACAAGAAAAGAAUGAAGAAAAUUGGGAACAAGAUCUCUUUUUUGAAUAUAUGUAGAGCUGAGAUUAGAUCACAAAAACUGUACGCACAAUAAUUAAUGUUAUACGUGGUAUCUCAGACUUGUACACUGCAUCAUUGCUUGAUUGAGAUCUGAUAUUGACGAUUAGGUCUAUGAGUGUGGACUCUCUGAGAUAUUUAUCUUUCAAUAAAUGUACCAAUAUGAUGACAUUUAUAAGACAGGUACAUUUACCUCGCUACAAUACUAAGGAUUUAUUUUGUGGAAAUACUUAUUACUAAGCUAUGCAUCGUAAUGUUUAUCAUAGGGUCUUUUUCUUGUGAAUAAUUAGCAUCGAUAUUCCUUCCCACAUCUUGCCCCCCCCCCUUCUCUCUCUCACCAUCUCACCUCCCCUCUCUUUCUUUCCAUGCCUGUCUUUGCCAGCUCUUUCUUUUUCUUACGACUCAGUCUCUUCUCUGUCUGUUUAUCCAUCAGCCAUUUUACAAUCUUCCCAUUUCAUUUCCAUCUGUCCAUUCUCUAUUAUGUAACUUUUAUGUAAGAAAGGACCGUAGUAUGAAUUUUGUCUAGGUCAAGUAAUAUUAUAAUGAACUGAUGAUCGAAGGCCCAAUUAUACGUUGUUGUUUAUUAUCUUGAAAUGAUACAGUAAGCUAUGGCCCUAUGAAGCAGGGGUGCUGAAUCACCCUAAGAUUUUCCUCAUAGGCAGAACGCCCUAGAAUUCUGGUUGGUGUGUCAAAUUGGAGAAAUGUAUGAACAAUGACCAACAAUUUGUGUCGACCCCCCCCCCCCUUUAUUUUUUGCUUAUAAAGGAAACCAAAACCCAAGAAGAGAAACAAUCUUAUUGGGAAAAUGAGAGGAACAAUUAAAAAAAAGUUUCCUCAAAAUCGGAUAUGAAUUUUUGAUAGGAUGUAUUGUGAACGCAAAAAUAAAAAUAAAACAAACAACAAAUAAGCAAGUUAUGGUCGUUUGAAAAGUCUCGUCGUAAUUUCUUUAGGGAUCCUCAAAUUGGCAAACGUGCUUCAAAAUUCUUGAUUUUGUGGACAACUCUCCAUUUGUUUUGUACACAAAUUUUCAGAUUUCCUCAUUAUCUUUCAAGUUGCAUCUUGCCUCCUGAGCACAAUAUAUGUCAUUAGAAAACAUAAUUUACAUCACAUAUGUCAAGGUCAGGAGAAGAUCAUGUGAAAUAUGUAAAAUAAAGGGGAAAAUCUGA